ACCAGCUUCGAGACUCCAUGUUGUGUGAGAUAAAAUAUUUCUGUGGAGGAUAACAUGUCAUUUCCCUGUUAUUAUGUAUGUGAGUUGGUCCGAAAUGUAAACACUCAGUUACUUAAUGGACAACUUGAACAGAAGGCUCAUUGCGCAUGGCAGGUCCAGUCACAGGGCUCAGAACCGCAGGACGGGCUGAAGUGGCAGCAGAACACCUUUCAUCUGCUUCCAGUCGUCAUCUCUAAAAACUGUGAAACAGGGCACCAAGAAGCUCGAGGCUCGGUUAACCCCUUGACUGCCCGCACCAGAACCGGAACCAGGCCGAUCUUCGCAGCUACAGGCAGCUAAUGGGCUGAUGGUGCCUCCGCAGCAGAAGGGAGAGGAGCGAACAGUGAAACACGACAGUCGGACUCACGUCGAGCAGAACCUGGGCCCGGAUCCGACCCACAGCGGCACCAACGUUCCGCUCGGGAAGUCUGUUCUCGUGUCAUUCCUUAAACUGUCGCGCGUCUCACGGCUCGUUGUUUUAACGCUCGCUUCUUGGUCUCUCGUUCACGUUCGCUUUUAGUUUGACUUCGUGUGGUUCUGUGGUUGAAUCGCGCUAGAACCAUUUCAAGUUCUAGACGUAGAAAUUGGCCAAGCGGUUCCGCUUCCUCACAAGGACCACAACUAGUUUCAGACCAGUUUACUUUUACACAACUUCACUUUGCUGUUGUAGAAAGCUACGGUCCGGCGGAGACGGCGACAUGUUGGAGAAAACCGGACCCCCGUGAACGUGACUGGAAGGAAAGCGCAACCGCUGGAGGAUGGAGGCAGAUAAACAGACCGUGAAGGAAGAGGAUGAGCUGCAUCAACAUAUCGUAGCAGCAUCCUCACUAGACUACCAGGACCUUCCCAUCAUGCACUGGGAGGAGCUGAACCAGCGGAUAGCCGAGUUGGAGAAACAGAAGCGUGAGCGGAGGGACAGUCUGUCCGUUAGGAAGCAUUUCCCACAAGCGUCAGCGUCACUGCCGUUUAUUGGAAAGAGACGAAUGGUGCGGAGGAUGGAGGAGGGGGGGAUGUGGACGAACAUCUGGGAGGAGGAGGACGAGGAUUUGAGGAGGUGUUGGGUCACUGCUGUCACGUCACGAUUUCACGACCACAGAAACCUGCAGCUGUGCUUCAUCAACAACAGCGACAGCGAAGACGAGGAAGGAAGUGACAAAAAGCAGGCGACGGGGGGGCGCGGCGGCGGCGGCGGCGCAGGACUGAAGCAGGAAGUGGCCGCAGCUCUGAGGACACUGAGAGACAAGCUGCUGGCGGAGCAGAAGGAAGAGGAGGAACAUCUGGCUGCCAGCAGCAGCAGCGUUGCCAAGCGGAAACAUCUGGAGCUUUGGGAGCUGCAGCAGUGCUCGCGGCAGCAGCUCAGCAGCUUUGCGUCGUCGCUUCAGCAGCAGAUUCACGCUCUGAGCUCGGAGCUGGUGGCUCACCUGCUGCUACGAGACCAGCUGAGGACCAGACAGGACGCCAUGCUGCUGGACGUCCAGGACCUGACGUAGCCUCUGGGAGCAGCGGGUGACAGACGACGGGGGGUGGGGGGGGGGGGGGGGGGGUCGUCAGCCGCGUGGCACUGAGCUGAGGUCCUGUUCUGGUGUCAGUGAUAUAAUUUGCCCCGUUGUGCAGGACACAGACUACUACACUAACUAAGGAAUCCACACGGUUCUAACAAGGGAUCCUGGGUCUUAUUCCUGUAACUCCACAGCCUGAAAGGAUGAAAGGUUAAAUGUUAUCAUAGGCUUUGGUUUGGACCUCACUUAACAUUUAGUCAACGUUUUUAAUGUGAUAAUAAUUGUGUAAUAAUUCUAUAUGUUUUAAUCUGAAGCCGCCUAUUUGUUUACCAGCGCUUUAUGAAAUGAUGCUUACUACUCUGUAAAGAAACGGUGUCAUGAAUAAAUGAACUGAGCGUCGAUGUGAUGACACUUGGAAACAUCCUGAGACAGAGGUUGACGUGUGAACAGCUCAACCGCCUUCAUCUGCUUCCUGCCGAUGGUCAGAGGCAGCGAUGAGCCGCUGUUCAUCAAGAAAAUUUGGGUUUUCCUUGCCCCAAUUGUCAGAAAACAUCAUUUGUAGAUUUUGAUGACAUAUUUGAAGCUUUAAAAAGAGAAUAAAGCUGCCUGAUUGUUCA